AUGUCGAUUGCUGGGUUUGACACGCCCGCUGAAAUCCCACCGGGCAAUGAGGAUAAUGAAGAGAAUGUAAGUUCGUUUUGAAGGAUUCUUAUAACAGGUCACAGAUUUUUAACCAUUGCUUUUCUUAAUUUCUAAGCUCCUUUAUUUCUAGACAGAAGAAGUAGCCGAAAACAAUGGGGGUUCUCAAGGAGAUGGCGAUAAGAAUGAUGGUGAGAAUUUUUAGAUCUUUUUUGAAAUUUAGGUAUAACUCAAAUAUUAAUCUUUAUGGUUAAGGUCAACAUUUAUUUGACGACGAUUCUUCGUCCGAUGAUGACAUGAUGGUUACCAUUGGUGAGAUCAAGAAGAAUGCUCCCUUUCAGAAGCAAACGGGACCGGUUAGUAAGGUGGAUAUGGAUGGGGAGCCUGAGCAUGAUGGGAAAGUGAUCUAUGAUCUCGAUUUGGCCGCCAUGGAGGAAAAGCCUUGGCAAAAGCCCGGAGCUGACGUAACAGACUAUUUCAAUUAUGGAUUUACGGAAGAAACAUGGAACUUGUAUUGUGAACGACAACGGAAACUUCGGUCAGAAUAUGGUACUCAGAAAGAGAUAAAUCGGGUGAUAAUGGCCGGGAUCAACCUCAAUUCAACUCAAAUUAAUAUCCCCAAUUUGAAUAUGAGUGGAGGAAGGCAUUUGGUGAACUUGGCAGGUCCUGAACGCCCGCAGAAGGCCAACAAAAUGAUUUAUGAUCUCAGCAAACCUCCCACAGACGUAAGGGUUUAAUUCUUCUUUUAUAAAUUUAGGAAAAUCCUGGAGAAUAUGAAGAAAUACGUUUUCUUUAGACCCUUCUUCGACCUUCGGACUCCGAACCCUCUUCUCCUGAUGCCACAUCAACCUCAAUCCAGAUCCUAAACUUCAAUAAACCUCCCGAAUCUUUUGUUGCGCCAGGUUCGAAUACUCCCAUGGCAGUUCCUUCGGAUGGCCCACCUGGAGUUGAUGGGCCUCCGGGAGACGAUACAGUGGCUCCAUUCGAUGUUUCAGUGCCUCCGCCCAACUUUAAUCCGAAUGUUCCACCACCAAAUAUCGGAGGAGGUAAAAAAUUUUAAUUUUUAUGUUACUGUUUUAGGAAUGAUGAAUAUGCCACCGCCAAUGUUCAACGCCCCUCCGAUGCAUGUUUCGGCUGGAUUUGGCCAAGGUCCCACCCAAUAUUCCAAUAGGCCACCCCCUCUGAUGGGUCGCCAAUUUCCACCCCCAGGCGGUUUUGAUGAAGAAAGAGCUCCCAGAUAUAGACGGGAAAGAGAUGACUCAGAAGAUGAUGGUCGACGGAGAAGACGAAGGCAUAGCAGAAGUGCAUCACCGAAACGACGGAAAGAAGAGAGGGAUUACGAAAGGGAUCGGGACAGAGAUCGCGACCGUGAAAGUAAGUUGAUUCUGGGCGUAAUGACCAGGAAGCGGUCCAAGAAUUAAUUUCGGAGAAAAAAAUCUGUGUAUUUUAGCGGAAAUUAGAGUAAAACGACAUUUUUUCGAUGCUUUGGACAUUCGAUACUUUCUGAAGAAAUAUAGAAUUUUUAAUUUUGCUUGUGUUUUACACUCCGUUUCUAAUCAACUACCCGUUUUAGAACGUUCAAAACGUAGUCGCGACGACCGUGAGCGACGCCGCUCCAGAGACCGUGACGAUUCUUAUGACAAGGACAAGAAAAGAAGCCGAAAACACGAACGAGAACGAUCCCGAGAACGGUCCUCCCGCCGGACCGAACGCUCUGAGCCCCGCGGCUACGACUCAUCGAUUGAAGCGCCUCCGGGCAUCGACGAUCUGCCUCCGGGCACAGAUUGA